AGUGGUUGUCAAAAUUUUCGUUUUGUUGGAGAGGUGUUUUUCGACGUGGGACGUGGCUCACAAAAAUUUACUUCUUCUGAUAGUACUGAUACUUUAUUCAGUCCAGUUUUGAGUGAAAAGUGAUCAAAAUGUCCAAGAUAUUUGUUCUACCAGUAUUACUAACUUUCUUAGUUGGAUUUGGUUCGGCUUGUUCAAAUCCACAAGUAACCUCAAAAUCAUUCACGACCAAAGAUGCAACAAUUGUUUCUCACAUAGGAUUUAUAUCUGAAAUUACUGUAAAAUGUACAACUGGAGUAUUGUCAAGUUUGUAUGCCGAGUUAGAGGAUGGUAGCAUUAUUCCAGUUGCCGUGGUAGCACCCGAAACUUUCCAGGUCAGCUGGAUUGAAGAAUCUAAAUCAGCACGUUCUGGACAGCGACUUAUUCGUAUUUUUGAUGAGGAAGGUUAUACCGCUUUGCGUAAAGCUAUCAGGAAUAAUGAACCAACAGGAAGUGUUCCAGAAUUUUUCAGUGUUUAUGUACACCAUUCUGGAGCUUACAAUGGUCCUUGGGUGAAGAGUGAAUUUAUUGCAGUAGUACUAUCAAUUUUAGUAUCUCAAUUUGCUCUAACAACAAAAUCCAAAAUUGUUUCGUAAUUUACCACUUUGUUUAUAAGUCUAAUUUAUUUUUAUAUUGUUUUUCCAUCAAGAUAUGAUAUGAAAACGUUGUAAGAAGUUAUUAAGUAAUAAAGAGAUAACUUCUGAGAAGCAAA